AUGGCUAAGUCUAAGAACCAUACCACCCACAACCAAUCACGAAAAUGGCACAGAAAUGGCACCAAGAAACCUAGGUCACAGAGAUAUGAGUCUCUGAAAAGGGUUGACCCCAAGUUUCUGAGAAACAUGUGCUUUGCCAAGAAACACAACAAGAAGGGGCUGAAGAAGAUGCAGGCCAACAAAGCCAAAGGCAUCAAGGCCAGAGCAGAGGCCAUUAAAGCCCUGAGCACCAAGGCCUCCAAAGCCAAGCUCCUCAGGCCCAAGAUCCCCAAGGCCAGUGCCUGGUGUGCUGGCCACAAGAUGGCCAGCAAGUGUUCAGGCCCUAGGGUUGGCAUCAAAUUUCCAGGCUCCAGGAUAACGAAGACUGACUCUAAGGUUGCCAGAACCACUGACCCCAAGGCUGCCAAGACAACUGACCCCAAGGCUACUAAGUCCACUGACCUCAAGGCUGCCAAGCCCACUGACCCUAAGGCCACCAAGUAUGCCACCAAGGUCAGUAAGUCUCAUCCCAAGGCUACCAAAUAUGGCCCCAAAGCCACCAAAUCUGAUGUUAAGGCCUCCAAGUCUGAUUCCAAGGCCUCCAAGUCUGGUCCCAAGGUAGCCAAGUCUGAUUCUAAGGCCACAAAGCCCAGUGAUUCCAAGGUUGCUAAGCCUACUGAUCCCAAGGCCACUGAGUCCAAACACAAAGAUGCUGGGACUAAAGCUGCUAGUCUCAAGCCUUCGAAAUAG